UCUCAGCACAUGGGGUAUGCGCUAACAUGUCAUUCCCUCACACAAAGUUUAUUAAAUUAUAAAGUCAGUCCAUGGAUUAUUAGAAGCAGAUUUCAAACAGUAUGUGUAUCUCUGUAUAUAUUUGUUUUUCAGGCUGCAUGUGGUCUCCGUACUAUGUAUUACCAUGGUAAUUACAACCAGUCUACAAACCCGAGAAGUGGCAGCUCCGGGCAGUGACAUCACCCUUAGCUGCUCUUUCCCUCCAUCUAAAAACCAGAACCUCAACUUGAUCGUCAACUGGCAGCAUGGAGAAUCAGAGGUGGUCCACAGCUAUUACUAUGGGAGAGAUCAGCUGGAAAGACAGAGUGUUGUUUACAAGGGACGCACUCAUCUGUUUGAAGACCAGCUCACUGUGGGAAAUGCCUCACUUAGACUGAGUGGGGUACAGCCGAGUGACCAGGGCCAGUACACCUGUGAUGUGACAGAUGAACAGAGAAGCACCCAGGAAAAGCUACUACUUCUAGUGGCAGGCCCUUAUGAUGAGCCAAUGAUAUCUGCGCAAGCCACUUGUGAUGGCUUCAUUGUCACCCUCCAUGCCUCUCAUGGGUUUCCCCAGCCAGAGGUACUGUGGGGAGGUGUGAUGGGCAGUAACACCACUAUGGAGUUGGACAGCAGAGGGCGGUAUGAUGUCAAGAGUGAGUUGACCCUGAGGCUGAACAGCACUCUGACUGUUACAGCCGAGCUGAGACUGAGGGUUCUGGACCAGAGCUUCACCAAGUCUCUCACACUCCACCCACCACCAGUGUGCUGUGUGAUGCCUGCUGAGCAGAGGAGCAGAUUGUUGAUGUAUCCCCUGCUGCUAAUGCUGCUGGGAUUGGUGCUCCUGUUAUCCAGGAAGUGGUCUGACCAGGAGACCAAAAAGGAUAAGAAAACAGAAGAAUAAUAUGACCUUCAGUCCAUGGUCACUCAACAGGCUUUAUGCCAGAGCAAUUUGCUUACAGAGAUAAAAUAUAAAGGGAUGACAGCCUUUUACACUAAAGUACAUUUUCAUGGAAUGUAAUUUUGUAAAAUCAGAACUACAUUAUACACAAAGUUCAACAAAAUACAGUUGACCCCCUACAGUUGCCACACUCACUAUAGUACUCAGACAGUGAGAGUUUCACACCACACCACUAGAUGGUCAUAUGUACCUCUACUCCAAAUCUGGUUCCUCUUAAGAUUUCUUCUUGUAGGGAGUUUUUGCUUGCUGCUACUUGCUCAGGGGUUUAGCCCAGGUUACUGUGUAAAUCACCUUUGACAUCUGCAGUUGUUUUACCGGGCUUUAUAAUUAAAAUGUAUUUAUUUAUUGAAAUGAUGGCAGCUAUAACGUCUAAUGAAAAUUGUUACAUGUGUGUUCCAGUCAAUGUAUCAUACAUUCCAGAAUUUGUUGUAUUGUAAUAAAAGGAGAUGAACCCCCAA